AUGCAGCGCCCCAAUUACGGCAACCCACCACCGGCGCAUUCACCACCCUUACACCAUCCAGUUCCGCAACACGUUUCCACAGUUCCCCAGCUACGAUCACCACCUCCCCCGCAACCCCCUUCACAACCUCAAAGCGGAUAUGGCUACGGACAGCAAGCUGGCGGGAUGCCGCCUCAGCAGGGCGGAUACGGCGUGCACCCAUCAUUCGGUGGCUUCAUCAACGAUCCUACUGCCCAAUUAGGCUUCCAGAUGGGAAAGAGCGCAGUCGACGCAGGGCAACACUACAUGGAACAGAAUCUAGGCCGUUUCGUCUCCGUACCCGCCCUAAAACACUACUUCAACGUCACAAACUCCUACGUCCUCACCAAACUACGCAUCGUCCUCAUCCCGUGGUGGCACCGCCCAUGGUCGCGCCAACAACGACACGCGCCCGAUGCAGCCGCCUCCGCCGCGUUAUUAUACCAACCUCCCCGCGAAGAUGUUAAUUCCCCAGACAUGUAUAUCCCGACCAUGGCCUUGGUGACAUACAUUCUACUUUCAACCUUUAUUGCAGGUUUGCGCGGCGCCUUCAACCCAGAACUACUAGGUUCAACUGCUACCGUUGCUAUCGCGGUCAUCCUGCUCGAGAUCUCCAUCAUCUGGAUUGGCACCUACAUCCUCGCUAUCAAAAGCUCCUCGCAGCUCCUCGACCUCGUCGCAUACAGCGGCUACAAGUUCGUGCACGUCAUCGUCUCGCUCCUCCUUACCAACUUGGCUACAUGGAUUGGUUUCGGCAGCUCGUGGGUCGGCUGGGUUAUAUUCCUGUACUGCUUCAGCGCCAACUCUUUCUUCUUGCUGAGGAGCCUGAGAUAUGUGUUGUUGCCCGAUUCUAGCUCGCAAGACAGCUAUGGGGCUCCUGCCGCGGCGGGGUACACGGACACGAAGACCAAGAAGAGCAGGAGGACGCAGUUUUUGUUUGUUUACAGCUAUGUGGUGCAGUUUGGGUUUAUGAUUUGGCUGAGCAAGGUAUGA